GAGAAGAAGAAGAGGAAGAAGAAGAAGAAGAAGAAGAAGAAGAAGGGUGAAGAGGGCCAACGACGAGACGAAGUAGCCCGCCAGAAAUAGCUAAUAUGACAUUCACUCUGAGACGGGCGGCCAGCCGGCCCGGACGAACGCGCUGUCACAGCGCAGAUUUUGGCGAUAGAAACGUGCGAACACACGGGGCCCCCCCUAGAGAGGGCCCCCGACCCGAAGAGGCCGCCGUAAGGCGGUCAAACGCUCUCAGGCAUGGAGCAGUUCGAGCAACUGCUAACGUGCGCGAUAUGCCUGGAUCGCUACAGGAACCCGAAGCUUUUACCAUGCCAGCACAGCUUUUGCAUGGAGCCGUGCAUGGACGGCCUCGUCGAUUAUGUUCGUCGACAGGUCAAAUGCCCGGAAUGUCGUGCAGAACAUCGUAUACCUUAUCAGGGUGUUCAAGCCUUCCCUACCAACGUGACGCUACAACGAUUUUUGGAAUUACACAUAGAGAUCACAGGGGAAUUGCCAGAUCCAACUAGUGGUCAGACCAUGGAACGAUGUGGUGUCUGUUCAGAAAAGAGCUACUGUUCCCUCUGCGUCCAUUGUGAGAAGAAAUGUUGUCCUGAAUGCAAGGACGCCCAUAUGGACAUCCUCAGACGUGAAAUAACUCGUAUCAACUCCCAGGUUCGAAGAGGUCUCCAUAGGCUACAAGAUGCCCUGGCAUUGGUCGAAAAAAAUACGUUGGGUCUGCAAACUAAUUGUGCUGCAGUUGCCGAAGAAGUAGACGAGAUUUAUAGAAGAUUGAGCAAAGCUUUAAAAGACCGAACGGAAUAUCUACGCAACGAGGUCGAUCGGUACUUAGGUACCGAGUUACGUGGUCUGAUACAACUCAAAGAGAAUCUCGAAUUGGAAAUCGCAAACAUUCAAAGUAACUGCGAUUUGGCAGAGGCUCACAUCAAUGAGAAUGUUCCUUGGGACGACUCGGAGCUUCUCGAUACGAAAGAACUUUUUCUACGUACGGUAGAAUUCAUCAGAAAUUUCGAGUACGAAGCCGGGGAUUACAGUAGACGAGUGCGUUUCAUGAUGGCUCACGAUCCAAAUCAAUUAGUUCUUCACGUGGCUGGUUAUGGGGAGCUCAACAUCAAACCGGAAAGCGGAACCGGAGGACUGUUAGGUAGUUCAAGCAGUUUAGCACCCCCAGGUGGUUCUCCGGGACUUAUGAGAAGCAAGAGCGAUCAUCGUCUUGCUUCGCAGUAUCGACAGCAGGAAGAGGAACGGCUAGCCAGGAAUCGAUACGUUCCUGAAUACGAAUACGAAGCACCUGAGUACGAUGCACCGAGGAACAAGUCACGUUAUAGAAGUCGCUUUAUGAGGCAUCGCGAUGGUGACGAUUCCGAUGGUGAUUCGAGAUCAACGGUGAGAUUCACGUCGACGCCACAGGAAUCUGGAUUACGUGAGCGUGUAUUGGAUACGGAGGAUGCUGCCCGAGGACCUUUGUCCGGUAUUUUCCGUUUGACGGAUUCGCCGCGCGUCAUGAAGAAACUUCAAGAGUGCGAGAGAGCUGGCAAAAGAAAGAAGGAAGAAUCCGCUCAACCUGCGCAACCACAAACACCCAAACCUCAGGUACAAGUUAGAAUAGCACCGACGGCAAUGGCGAGACAAGUCAGCGAGGACGACGAAAUUUCCAGGAUCAAGAAGCAGAACAAGAACGCGGCACAGCCAACGGUGGAAACGGUGGAGGAACGACAGCCACAACCACCAACGGCGGCGGCCCAUCCACAAGCGAGAGAACAACCACAGACGGAGCGUGAAGCGGAGGAAGCUGCGGUCAGAAGACCACCCACGAUCGCGAGGAGAACCUCAACUGACACCCACGCUCCCGCAACUAGAAGCGCUUCCUCGGACUCUAGCACAGGCUCUGAGAGUUCAACGGGAUCGGGAAUUCGUAGCACGGGCGCCCCAUUCACCGCCGAGGAAAUGAAACAAAAAUAUCUGUCGAGAGCACCGCCAACAAAUACGACCACAAGCACGGUCACUGCCAGUUCCGGCAGAGAUUCCACGGCGAGCAGUGUUCCUGCUUCGAGGCCCUUCCAAAGCCGAUUCUUAGGCACAGGUAAUCGCGCGGCACCCCCACCACCAGCAACGACACAGCCAAGCAGAGAGGAAACAACAACAACGAAAAAGAAAGAGGAUGACGAGGAGGAUGAUGAGGAAGAGACAAGCAGUUCCUCCGAGGAAACAGAAUCUGAAACUGAAGAGGAGUCAGAAACUGAUACCCAUACGACGCCAACGACGUCAACCAUCCCAUCGUCGAUUCCUCAGGAUCGUCAAAGAAACGACGCUGCUAUGGCACGUACCGACAUAGGUGCAUUACUAGCACGAAGUGCCGAGGCCCGACGUGGAAGCAAGGAGGAUUCACCCUCGACCAGGUAUUCGACACCGAGGGGAAGUCCCGCGCAUAUCGUGACGAGCCCGACGAGCCCACUGACGAUGACGACGACGAGCGGCUCGAUGAUGACCGGAAGUGGUGCCGGAAGUGGUGUUCCGAUAUCCUCUACUGGUGGCUACUCCUCCAGCAGUAUCACUGACCGUCGUCUCGAGGGUAGCAAUCACGAGGCCGGCGAGCACCAACGCGAGGACGUUGUCAUCGACGGUCGUAAGGUGAACGGCUCGACGACCGUUUCUGAGAAACUCGAGGACGAGAAGAAGAGAGAGUAUAAGACUGAUAAGGACGAAGAAGAUGAAGAGGACGAGGAGGAGGAGGAGGAGGAGGAGGAGGAGGAAAUGGUGGAAGAUGAUAGUGAAAAGGCAGAUGGUCAUUUGAAGGACGAAGGAGAAGAGGAAGAAUCCUUAGCCGGCGAUGAAUCUACUUCGGAUUCGAUGGAGGACGAGGAUGAAAAGACAGUGAUCAGCGUUCACAAAGGAUCGGACAAUGAGAGAACGGCACGUAGUUCUUCGCUUCUCUCCGAUAGAAGUAACGGCGAUGACCUUUUCGACGAUAACGGUUGGCUCGUUACCGAUCAAGAUCUUCAAACGGACGGAUCUACGAGAUCGUCGAAGAAUCAAGAAUCAAAUUCGUUCGAAGUAGAGGACGACAGAAUGAUUGAGAAGGCAUCGGCAACGAUAGAGGAAACGAAAAGGGAAGACAUUUUGAACUCAACGAAAAUCCCUGAAAGUUCAUUCAGAAGCAGAGUGUACAGGCAGAGCAGUAUUGGGAAAAAUGGUUGGUUGAUUUCGGACGAGUCUGAAAGCGAAUCCGAAAGGGCAAUAUCCCCGGCAGGCUCGACUAAAAAUACGGAUAACGUUAGAAACGAAGAAGACGUCGAGAUAACAGAAGAGGAGGAUACGAAAGGAACGGUAGAAUCGAAAAAAGACAAUUGGAGCAUCGAGGAAAAUGGAUGGAUGAUAGUGAACGAGGAUGAAUCUACUGGUAGUAUCCCGAAUUUAUCGGGAUAUAAAGAUCCUUCUUCUUCGCCGGAGAAAACGGAGUUAAAGAGAGGAAGAUCGAGCACGAUCCGUUCCCAAACGACCACCGACCUCGUAACGAGAGCUAACGUCGAGAACGGCGCGUUAAUCGCGAACGCUAACCGUACUAAAGAAACUGAAAGAUCCGACGAGCACGAAGAUGCGACCGAUGUCGAUAUCAGUAUACCGAUGCAGAUGGUAACCACCGUCUUCUGUGUGUCCGUACUGUGUUACAGUGUUCUAAUGAACCUUUUCCUUUAAUCGUAGCUCACACACACCCUAUUCAUUAUUAUUUCUCCUUCGUUAUCCCGAUCCGACUUUCAUCAGCCACCAAUCAUCAUUCCGCCAACCCUAUUCGCAAUACUCCCUAUUUUCACCGGCUUCCUUCAAUGGUCGCGGCGGUUGUGCGUGUUAAAUAUUUUAUCAGCUGAAUGAAACGAAAAGAAACAUGUUUACAUACGAACGUACCUUUAUCGUUCAUACAUAUACAUACAUAUAUACAUAUAUAUAUAUAUAUAUAUACAUGGUAGAAAAGUUAUUUCUCAAUGAAAUAGUUUAGUCAGCCGCGUUAUUUAGUUGGCCCACAAAAAAGUUUCUCUUUCGUUCGAAAAAGAAAAGAAAUUGAGAAAAUAUUUACCAGCGCAAACCGCACGCGUUUCCGACAACGCGUAACGUCGAUAAACCUCCUUCUAGUACUAUAACCGCCUACAACCUUUAUUUCUCGUUUUUCGUCGUGUUCGUCUAAUUUCUCUCCAUAAAUAACGGUAUUACGGCUUCUUAAAAAAAAGAAAAAAGAAAAAACCAAAAAAAAAAAAAGGGGGAAAAAAAAGAAAAUAAAAGAAAAAAGAAAUAUGGUAAAAUGUUGCCGUACGUGUACGAGUUUACGCGUUAAUAACGGAGAAAAGGAAAAAAAUAAAGGAAAAAAUAAAGGAAAAAAAAAAAAAAAAUACGUCGCGUUCUCGGCUUCGUGAAUAACAUCGUGAUUUAAAUCAAUGAUCUCCACUUUUUUUCUUAUCAUUAACACUAAUUAAUAACUUUAAUGUGUUACACGAAUUCAUCAUUUUACCAUGUUUUAUUAAAAACCAAGGAGAAAGUGAACGGUAGAGAAAGAAAAUGAAAGAAAUUAAAAAAUCUAAGGUAGAAAAGUAAAAAAAAAAAAAAAAAAAAAAAAAAAAAAGAAAAAAAAAUUAAUCCGAAAUAAUUGGCAAAAAUAAUCAGGUAUUCGUUCGUCAAAAACUUUUUUUAUCGUUUCGGAUUAACACUAAUCUCUUUUCAUUUUUUUUUUUUUUUUGUUUUUGUUUUGUUUUGUUUUUUGUUUUGCACGCAAUAGUCUUGCACGACGCAAAACUCAUAUCCCUCAUAAAAAAAAAAAAAAAAGAAAAAAAAAAACGAAAAAAAAAGAACACAAAGAGAAAAACAAGCAAAAAAAGAAAAAAGAAAAAACAUUCAUUCAUUUUAAUUCGCUUAAAAUAUAUAAUCGAUGUUCCAUUGAUAUGUCUUUAUAAUAUAUAACACGUUCUUUGUCUCGCUUCAUCCUCGUUCGGAUGAUAAUUACGAUAUCAGACUCGAUGGACUUAUUAAUUAAUAGUUUGCAUUAUGCUUCUCGUAAACGUGCAUUUGAAAUAUUGUGAUAAUCGUAAGGCCGCGGAUUUUAGUCUAUCUUUUAGAAAUUGAUUCGCCAAGAAUCACGCUUCCACGCGUCUAAUUUUUUUUUUUUUUUUUUUUUUUUUUUUUUUUUUUAUCAUUAUUAUUAUUUUAGAUUAUACAAAUAGCUUUCGUAAUAUAAUUUUUUUUCUUUUUUUAUAUAAAAUUUCUACAUAAAAAACGUGUAUAUAUAUAUAUAUAUAUAUAUAUAUAUAUAUGUAUAUAUACGUAUAUAUAUUACGUACACACACGUACACAGACAUACACGCAUGUAUACGCGCGUUAAUCAAUCGCAUUAAAUAACAGAAAAGAAAAAAGAAAGAAAAAAAAAAAAAAAGAAAGAAAAAAGAAAUAGAAAGAAACGAGUGUAGUGAGAAACCGUCCUCCUAUGUUAAAGCAGCUUUUAAAAAGAAAAAGAAAAAGAAAAAAAAAAAGAAAAAAAAGGAAAAAAAACAAAAAGAAAAACCACGCAAAAACGAAGCUUUCAAAGUCGUUCCCAUAACAACGCGAUCUUUCGUCGGCGUUGCGUUAUCACGUGUUACAUUUAAAUACUAACACGUAAUUGUCCCAUCGUCGAUGAACUUUAUCGCGUGGUUACUUUUAAGUUUUUGUACUCUCUUCUGAUCCUAGCGGAAUACGUCGUUGCGUCAGUUUGUUGGUGUGGUAAAUAAACUGCAUUUCUUUGUGAUAA